AUGACCAGCCCGGGCUUCAUCUCGUUGCUGGCCGGAAUGGUGAUUGAGUACGAAGGGGAUGCUAAGGCUCUGGGGACGGUAUUUUCGUGGCGUGUGGGGAAUGAAAAGGGGCUGGGGGAGAAUACAAGGGUAGUUGCUGCUGCGGCGGUGUUGAAAGUUGAGGAGGAUUUCGAUGCUCCGUUGGCUUGUUUGACUGACCAGUACGAAGUAGUCGGUAGUACAUUCUCUUCUUUGCACUUAAGAGAGCGGUCGGGGAGUGAGGAAGGUGUCGAGAGGUUUCAGCCAAAGUUUAUUGAUGCUCACAGUCCCUUCGGAGCUGUUCCCAACUCUGUUCGUCAUUGCUCUGGCUACUUCCUCGCCUGGGAGGAAUCACAACGGAGUGCAAUGGACGACGUCUCCCGGCCCCGUACUGUUUAG